UGACGUCAUUUUAAAACGGGAACCCCAACCAGGAAGUGAAGUGGAAGCCACAGAAAUUUUGUUUCUCUCUUGACUUUUUCUGAAAUAUUUCCGUCUGUAGGUGUAGUAUAAUGGAUGAGAAUGCUAGAUCGGCGUUAAAACAAUGUCGGCCAAAUAUUAUGAGUGAUUUGGACGUCAAGUUCAUAUUUCAAUACCUGAUUAGAGAUGGCAUCAUAUCAGAUGAAGAAAAGCAGAUCAUUGAACAUGAGAUAUCAACUCAGCAGCAAGCUGGCAAACUUCUGGACAUCAUUGCAACCAAAGGUUCUGAUGCAUUCGACAUUUUUCACAAUGCACUCCGGGAAGCACAAUAUGAUCACCUUGUUGAAGAACUUGGCAAGACAAAGCAUAACCGCAGCCUGAGACGAAGACGUCCUAGUGUAAACGAAGUCCGUGCAAUCUUGAUCGAUGGGGCUGUACCACCACGUCCAAAUGUCUACGAAGACCGUCCGAAACUUAUUGAAGAAAUCCGUGAGGCCUUUUACAAGAUAAAGGAUGAGCCUGGAUGGAUCAGCAUUCAUGGUAUGGGUGGAAGCGGGAAAUCUGUAUUGGCAGCAGAAUCUGUCCGAGAUGCAAAAGUUUUAUCAGAAUGUUUCCCAGGAAAUGUCUUCUGGACAUCUAUUGGAGCAAUAGAUCCGCAGAAACUUUUAAUAAAGAUGCAAAAUUUGUGUACGAUGUUGGACUCUGAGAGUAGCACUCUCCCAAGAAAUAUCGAAGAAGCAAAGGCGAGAUUGCGCUUGAUUUUUUCUCAUCAGCAUCCAAGAGCAUUACUGAUCCUGGACGACGUUUGGACUCCGUUUGUCACAAAAGCGUUCGAUAUCCAGUGUCGAGUUUUAGUCACAACGCGGGAUCAAGCCGUAAUGGAUAAAGUGACAGGUCAUGUGACCAAAGUCGAGGUGAGCUCGGGAUUCAACGAGGAGCAGUCACUUCAAGUUUUCUCUAAAUGGACUGAUACCCCAGUUGUUGAACUACCUGAGCAGGCUGUCAAGAUUUAUGAUGAAACCAAGGGCUCGCCGUUAGCCAUUAGCAUGAUUGGUGCCUUGUUAGCUGAGCAUCCCGACCGUUGGGAAUCCUACUUGGACAAGUUGAAAUCUCGAAAGGUUAGCCGGUUCAGGAAAUCGUCAUCUUAUGAAUAUAGCUCUCUAACGGAGGCUGUCAGCAUCAGUAUCAAGAACUUGGAUGAAGAGUUGAGAGAGUUUUACCAAGACUUUGCUGUCUUUGUGGACGAUGUCAAAGUUCCUACAGAGGUGUUACAAGUUCUGUGGGAUGAGGACAAGGAGUUUGUUGAAGACACAAUGGAUCGGUUGGUCAAGAAAUCACUUGCUCAAAAGGAAUGGAACGUCGUUUACAAGACGUUUAUGUACAGUCUUCAUGACCUGCAGUUAGAUUAUCUCAAGGAAAGUGGCAAAAAUCAGUUACCGAAACUUCAUGAAAAGUUGAUUGAGCGCUACAAGGACAAGUGCGGUGGUGAUUUCUCCAAGCUUCCAAACGAUAACUACAUCCACUGGUUUAUUGGUUAUCAUAUGCAUCGUGCCGGGAUGACCGACAUGAUGGCAAAGGUUUUCCUGGAUCUACCGUUCAUUGAGAGCAAGCUGAAGAUCACAGGACCAGCUGAUUUGAUUACGGAUUUCGUGAAAUAUUCGACUAAUAUCAUCGGGGAAAAUGAUGAGUGGGAGAGAGAUCACCAAAUGUUCCUGCACUUCCUCAGCAGCAAUGCUUACAAGUUCACUGAAAAGAAUUUGGAUGUCAUCCAACUGGCGCUCUGUCAGCCUUCUGAUAAGAAGAUCUACAAACAGGCACGGGAAAUGGCGCUCAAGAGACGAGGAAAAGACGUGAAGUAUUUUGAUUGGUGCAACCGUGACACUUCUGUACCAGUGACAUUCCUGACGACAAAGCUGCAUCAAGGUCCAGUCUACUGCGCCGAAUUUUCUGCCGAUGGGCAAAAGAUUUUGUCAUGCAGCGAUGAUACCACUGUCAAGAUAUUUGAUAGCGUUUCUGGACAAGAACUGCUGAGCCUAGACGCACAUGAAGAGAGAAUAAACCAUGUUCACCAAUCCCAAGACUCGAAAUACAUGAUCACUUCCAGUAUUGAUAAAACCGUCAAGCUGUGGACAGUCCCGGAAAACUUACAGACGACAGAGGGAGUGAGCAGUCCAGGGAAUCCCUCGCCAUCCAUCAGAAAACCAACAUGGCAUCCAGCUUUUGCCGACAAACCGCUAGAUGCAGAACAAAUACGUGAAACACUCAUCGUACAGACGUUUGUAACAGAUGCUGAGGUCUUGGUUUGCCAGUUCUCACGCAGUGGUAGAUUCGUUGCAGCUGGGUGCCUGGAUGGGUCUGCCUAUAUUUGGGACCUGACGGCCAAAGAUCGUCCAUUGUUGCAUCACUUUCAAGGGCAUGAGCUGGGGAUAUCGGACUGUGCCUUUACAGAUGAUGAUUUGUAUUUGGCUACAGGUUCCCAAGAUCAGUCUGUGAUAGUCUGGGAUGUGCUUGAAGGCUCCCAGCUCCACCUUACAACAAAACAUGAGAUGGUGCUAUCAUGCUGCUUCCAGCCUGGGACUCAUCGAUUGGCUUACUGCGUUGACAAUGAGAUUCACUAUUGUGACUUUAAGAGUGGUUCCUGCCAGAAGAAGUUCACUGUGAAGCCGGGUACAAUGAUUCUCUACAUUGCCUAUUCACCUGAUGGUAAUUUCUUGGCAGCUGGCGAUUCAGCAUAUUCUGUCAUGGUAUGGGACACUCACACUGAGAAACUCGUUGGUGAACUGAGAGGCCACACUGGAUGGAUUCAUCAUGUUUCAUUUUCUCCAGACAGUAAAAAAUUGGUGUCCAGUGCUGAUGAUGAGACAAUCACAAUCUGGGAUGUUGAAACCAUCAAGAAAGAAAACAACAUUGGCUUGAGGAGAGAUUUCGAUGUCUUGUUCAGUGAGCACUCUCUGAUUAUUGCUGCGCCUGAUUUGCACAACAGAUUUUGGAUCAUACGCAAUCGGGAGGCUGAUAUCAUCUACCAAUCAGAACCGGAGAAGAGUAGGAUUCGUGGUGUUGCCAUAUCACAUGAUUGGACUAAGGUUUGCUAUGGAUGUGAGGAUUCAACAUUGAAGGUGCUCCAGCUUGAUGGAGAUGAAGUGGUCUCCGUGAAGACUCUAGUUGGACACACAGGUGCUGUACGCUACUGCCGAUAUAACAAAACCGAUAACGUUUUGGUGACUGCCUCGGACGACAAAACACUCAGGCUCUGGUCCAAUGAUGGUGAGUGUAAGGUGUGUGAAGGGCACACAGAAGAGGUGAAGAAGUGCAUUUUCUUUGACCAAGAUACCAAAGUUCUCUCAUCGUCCUAUGAUGGCAGUAUGAAGGUUUGGGAUGUGAAAACUGCCGACUGUCUGAUGACAUGUAAAGGUCAUGGUGAAGACUGGGCUCUGUCUUGCGAUGUGUCCUAUGACAUGACGAAGUUCGUGUCAUGCUCUGUUGAUAGGACACUUCAGGUCUUCGAUGCGAAAACAGGUGCCCAUCUCUAUGCACUGAAAGGUCACAGGGAUUGUAUCCGCAGCUGCCGAUUUGCUAAAAAUGGUCUCCUGGCAUCUGGAGAUGAUGAGGGAUACAUCCGUAUCUGGGAUCCUGACCGCGAAGGCGAGAAGAAAUUGCGCACACUCGUAAAGCACAGUGCAUGGGUGACUGACAUCAAAUGGUCUGAUGAUAGCAAGACGUUAGUGUCGGUGUCCGACAAUGUGAAAUGGUGGAACUGUGAGGGGUGUGUCCUCCAGACCCUGCACAUCCGUGGAAGUUUCCUGAAGAGGAUUUGGGCGGCCGAUGACUUUAAGACAUUUGUGACAAUCGACAGUGCUGGUACUUUGUAUAUCAUGAGGGAAAUAUAAGGAGAAUACCACAGAGAUGGAUAGGAUGACCCUCAGCUCAUUCCAUCAAAUAGCUACAUCAUUUGAUUCUGUACAUGUAUCUUGAUGUUAAUGUUUACCUGGCAUAUUCUGUUUGAGGUCUAAAUUCCAGAAAUGUCGUGGUCAAUGAAAACAGUAUUGUAAAGGCUCAAAGGAGCUGAGUUUAUAUCAUACGCUGCCCAACUAAGGCACUGACAUUUGAUGAUAUGCCACCAAGCAAUGGAAAAUAUGAAGACAUGAGAUGUCUCUUAAGGUUCUAUGCAGGGGGCGAUAAUAGAUUCCCUACCUCUGUCUCUAGAGGCAGCACACAAAUGCUGAUAAAAUAUUGUUAAAGAUAAAUGAAGCCUCAGGGUGAUAUCAUUUCUUGAGUAGAAGUAUUAAAUACAUGUUGUAACGACUGUUAUGUAAUAAUCCUGCUGGUUAAUUUGGCUAAUAAUGUAUUACUUUUAAUGUUUUCAUGUGUUGGAGUAUUUUUUAUGGUAUCCCAGUUCAGUAAGAGGCUCUGUUUGAGUUUAAAGGUCCAUUCCUUUAUAAGUGCAACAAUUGCUGUAAAUUGUUGUUGUUGGUGUAACUAAAGACUAAUUCAGAAAUGAUGAGUGUUUACAGUGUAACCUAGCUCCUCAGCGAACACCUCUUUAACUGGAAGCACUCUCUUUUAAGGAGACUGAUUCAGGUCACAAAUGGUCUACUCCAUCCAAUCUGACUGCUCUAAUCGGAAAUAUUAAAGAUAUUUAUCCAUGACAUGUUUUGUUAAUCGAGAGAGGUACCACUGUAUGUGGUGAAUGGAGUCCUGUGGAGAUCCAGAAUGCCUCUUUGAUUUCAAAUUACCUAUAAAUCUAUGUGCCUGAUUUUCUAUGUUAUCAGAAACUGAUCAUAAGGCAAGCUUGUGGAAUUCUAAUGCUACAUGUACAUUCGUUUCAGCGGUGGGUUGGGUUCAACAAGUGUUCCUCCUUCCAUCAGAACCCCUGCUAUUCCAAGAUACGACCACCUUGCCUUCUUGAAAAUUGCUUUUGCUGUGAUAAAUUUAACCCUUUUGGGUAUUUUAUAGUGCUAGCAAAAUGUAUUUUCUCACAGUGUUGAUAAUCAUGAUUUUUAGUCAAUAAUACAGCCUAGGAGAGGUAAUCCAUUCUGUUUUAAAGCAUGAUAAGGGAGCAUCUCAAAGAUACCUUGAUGGCAACAAUUGAACUGUCAUUCAUUACUGUCUCCUCCCCCUACUCGGAAGUGAAAGCAAAAUAAAACUGGGCUUCAGCAUGUUUUUGAGAUGAUCCCUUAAUUCUUUGUAACUGGCAGAUAAGAAAUAAACUCUUUGU